GCGGCGAGGCAAUUGGACUCGCGCCGUCAAGCUCCGAGAGGUAGUAAUGUGAAUUGUUGGAUUGACGCUGCGCCUUCACCACCAAGUUGAAUUCUUUAAUUUGAUCGCGCAUCCAUUCGCCAGGCUAGACCAGACCAGACCAGACCAGAUUCUAUUCUGAACCCACCAGACCCCUCCUAUCUCAAACUUCUUCGAAUUCCUGUCAUCAUGUCUCUGAUCUAUUUAUGAGUGUCUAAUCGAAGCUCUCUGUGAACUCGAGAUCUCAGUUUGUUUCUUGCUAUGCGUGAACGCUAAGCUUCCAAAUACUCCUGCUGCCUGGACUGGGAUCCCUUUAUUUGCUGGAAUUUUCGUGGAAUGGGCACAAAUAGGUUUCUCACUGUUGUCUUCUUGCUCUUGUUUGUUUCCAAUUCCUCCUCCGCCUUCUCUCUCUUGAAUCUCCGGAAAUUAAUCGGCGGGGUGCCAAACGAUACUACCUCUUCUGUAUCUGAUUCGCCGUUGCCUAGCCCUACUCCGACCGACAAAGGAUCGAAAUCCAGUCCCUUUGAAAAGCCCAAGGGCCCACAAUUGUCAAAUGGUUCGCCAAAAGCAAAUCCGAAUGCCUCAAAGGAUGAGGGUCGCGGUAAAGCUUCUGCUAGUUUUCCCACUCAGAAGCAGCUGGAUAAUGGAGAGUCUCAGCAAGGGAAAGAGGAAUCUGAUGGCAAAGCCGAGUUGCACUCCGGUAGUAAUGGGAGUUGCAAGGGGUCGACUGUGACUUGCACCAUCCAGAACACAAUGACUGCUUGCAUUCAAGGUCUUGAAAGUGGGUCCAAAUCGGUGCUUCUAGUCCAAAAUGAAGGUGAAAGCACACUAAAAGUGACUAUUACUAAUCCAGUUUCUCUGAGGAAUGUCAUGAAUGAUGAUGGAAUCUCCCCAAAAAAAACUAAAACGAUCAAUAUCACUCCGAGUAUUGGCCAAAUCACAAAAAUGGUAUUGAGCACUGGAAACAAUACCUGUGUGCUUGUCAUGGGCUACCCUUCCUCUGAAGGAAACAUUUUCCAGCGUCUCCCUUUGUACUAUAAGCAAGUGACCCCCAUCUAUGGUGCUUAUCUCUCAUUCCUAAUAGCGUUAAUUGUUGGGGGGAUAUGGGUUUGCUGCAAGUUUAGCAAGAGGAGACAACAAGACGCGGUUCCCUAUCAGGAACUUGAAAUGGGAAUGCCCGAAUCUUCUUCAGCUGUUAAUUUGGAGGCUGCAGAUGGUUGGGAUGAUGGAUGGGAUGAUGAUUGGGAUGAUGACAAGGCAGUGAAAUCACCAGGGGGACGGAUGGCAAGCAUCUCGGUGAAUGGCCUAACAGCGAGGUCCUCUAACAGGGAUGGGUGGGAAAAAGACUGGGAUGAUUAGAAUUAUAAGUUUGAGAGAACGGAAGCAAUACUUUUAUAGGAUGGGAAGAUAGACAGCCAAACUUGACACACAGAUAUAGGAGACACUGAAAUUUGAAUGUAAUUUUGUAAUGCCUGUUCUGAUAAAUUCAAUUUCUUAGUCUGUACGAAGACACGGAGUCGUGAGUUAAGUUGCGUAAAGCAGUUUUGGUGGUCUUAGCGAGAGAAGAUGUGUAAAGAGCCCUUCCUAGCGUGCUUAUUUGCAGCGGUUGUAUUGCAUUGUGUUAUGUGAAUGAUGAGAGAUAUGAAGAAUUAGUUGUCAAAGUAA